CGCACGACCUCAAAUCGGCCUUAAACGAGCGCUUACACAUUGCCAUUACAACGUGUAUGGCACAAUGACUGCCCUCUUGCAGCAAGUGCUGCUGCUGCUGGCCGCAAGACCAUGCGUGCCCCUCGUCGCAACACUGAAAGCACCAAAAACCAUCACGCCUCCCCAAGCGGGCAAGCCAUCGAUCUACCACCGCGCGCCGACGCCCUACGAAGUCCCUGAAAGUGCGCUCGCGACGCUCGAGGCCGAAGGCUUGUGUGUCGUGGACAACUGGGCGCCGCAAGCCGACGUCCAAGCAUUACGACGAGACGUCGACCAGCUCUGGGACGCCGGCAAGUUCAUCGCGUCCAAGGUCGGCUCGCGCUCGGUGAGCGCCGACGGCUCGAUCACCGACAGCAAGACGCUCGAGGAGGAGACGCGCCGCGCGCAGACGGCGUGGCUGCGGCCGCCCCCGGACCCGUCCGUGGGCGACGUGGACGCCAGGCGGAAGCUCGACGGACAGCUCGAGUCAUUGAGAGAGAAACUGAUCGAGAACUCGGGCGCACCCUUGCUCCGGACGAUGGAGCUCUCGUACGCGAAAUACCCGGUCGGCGGCUAUUACCGGAGGCACAUCGACGUGCCCCGGUCCGUAUACUACAUGCUGGGCCGGAACGGCGCCACGGACUAUAGCUUGCAGGAGCGCCGGGAAUACUCCAUUUUACUGUAUCUAAAUGCCCAGGACUGGAGCCACCGCGACCACGGCGGCGCGUUGCGCGCGGAGAUCGGCGAGGACAAGGUCGGCGUCUCGCCGCGCGGCGGGCGGCUCGUCAUUUUUCACUCGGACUGCAUCCCGCACGCCGUCGAGGAGGCGCCGGAGCGCGGCCGCGUCGCCGUCGUCGGCUGGCUGCGCACGCGGCGGAGCGACGAGGCGACUUCACUAAGGGAGUCGCCGCGGUUCCGCGCGGCGGAGCGGCUCGAGCGUUUUGGCCACGACGGGUCUGCGAAAAGGCAGUUCCAGCGGUGCCUCGAGCACCUCACAAAUCCAGUCGAGAAAGCCUACUGCUACGCGCGCGUCGCGCACUGCGCCUUCGACGGGCUCGGCGACCGCGCGGCGGCGGCCCAAGCGUGGCGGUCGGCGAUCGAACUGGACCCGGCGUCGGCCGUGGCGCGCGCGGGCCUAGGCAUGACGACGACGAACGCGACGGAGCGCGCCGAAGCAUUAAACGAGGCGCAGGCGCUGCAACCGCGCGACGCGAGAACUGCAUUAAUACGAGCGGCGUCAUCAAAUAACGACGCCGAGCAGCUUGAGAUACUGGACGGUUUGUUAGCCUCGAGCCCCGAGACGCGGUGUCUCGCCGAGAGUCUCCUGUGGCUCCACGAGCACAACUUCGACUCCAGUAAAGCAUUGGAACCGACUCGUAGUAUCCUAGAGCAGGCCGCGCAAUUCGCUAUUGAAGCGUUUGGAGACGACGAGGAGAACAUCUGCGCCGAGUUUGGCACCUAUCAUGGUCGAAGCUUACGAGUGCUGGAUCAGCGCCUCCCUCACAAUUGGCAGCUGCACGGCUUCGACUCCUUUGUGGGCCUGCCGGAGCAAUGGCGCCACGAGCCGGCCGGCAGCUACAGCGUGACGGGCGACCGCGGCUCGGCGACGGGCUGCUUCCCGGCGCGCGCGGAGCUCCACGCGGGCUGGUUCAACGAGACGGCGGGGCCCUUCGCGCGCCGUGUUAUUGAAGACGGCGACGCGUUGGCGCUGCUCCACGUCGACUGCGACUUGUACUCGUCGGCGCGCGACUGUCUUAGUGCAUUGGCGCCCCUGCUCCAACGGGGCUCGGUCGUGCUCUUCGACGACUUUCUCGCGCACGAGACGUGGCGCGACGACGAGAAGAGGGCGUGGGACGAGGCCAUCGAGGAGAACGGCCUCGCGGUGGAAGUGGUGGCGGCGUCGCUCCUGUCGAAGCAGUGCUGCUUCCGCGUGGUGGGUAAGGACGGGUCUUAGGCACCUACUCCUCGAUCGUGAUCGUCUCGACGCGCACGGCAUCA